CAAACCAAAACUUAGCCAUGUCGACGAGCCCAAACCCUUCCCUAGAGCUCUCGGGCUCACUCGACCUGCUCAAACACGUCAAGCUCAACUACCACUCCAUAUUCAACCGCUUCCUCUUCUUUCUCCUCCUCAUGUUCAUGGCCUCGCGCCUCUCCUGCAACAAUUUUCUACGUAUUUCCGUAGUUUUUUUAUACAUCGCAACACUUUACGUAAAAACGCGGCCUCGCGCCGUAUACCUUAUCGACUUCGCCUGCUAUAAGCCGCCGUUCUGGUGCCGGGUACCGAACGCGUCGUUUCUGGAGCAUUCUCGGGAGAUCAUCGGCGAGGACCGCGCCAAUUUCAUGAUGAGGGUUUUGGAACGCUCCGGGCUCGGCGAGGAGACCGCGUUGCCUCCGCUGGCACAUUACAUCCCCCCCGAGGCAUCGUUGGGCGGAUCGCGCGACGAGUCGGAGCUCAUUAUAUUCACGGCCGUCGACGAUCUGUUUCAGAAGACGGGGGUCGACCCUAAGGACAUCAACGUCGUCGUCGUCAACUGCAAUAGCUUCGCGCCGAUGCCGUCGCUCGCGUCGAUGAUCGUGAACCGGUACAAGCUCCGGGCCGACGUCCGGAGCUUCAAUUUGUCCGGCAUGGGGUGCUCGGCGAGCCCGAUAUCGAUCGGGCUCGCGAGGGACAUCCUCCGAGUGCAGCCUGACUCGACUGUUCUGGUGUAA